GCAGCCACCAACGAGCCCCUAUCUCCCUUCCGUCAACUACUCGAAUGCUUUCACUUGCACGGCGGUGCCGGAGAUCCCUCCAAUGUCUCCAGCCGGUUGUCUCUCAACUACAACCAGCGAGAGCUUUCGUCGGGUCCGCUCCUCCAAACCGUAGGCGGUCGAAAUUUACACCGGCGGCCUUGAGAAAGACCGAUGACAAGUCCGAAUGGUGGGUAGUCGAUGGAGAAAUGCACGAAAUAGGAGAAAACGUGCCUCCUCGAGAGAGAUUCGUUAUACCUAGAGAUAACAUCCCUAACAAACGGCGUAAGCAGCUCCGUGAACAAUUUAUGCGCCGGACUCGCCUCGUUCUCAAGGAAUCUGAGCAUGAGCCUUGGUGCAAGAAGUACAUGGAAUUGUAUCAGGAGCUUAGAGAGAAUUGGGAGAGGAUCUAUUGGGACGAGGGUUAUUCCAAGAAACUUGGUCAAGAGCGAGCAAGUUAUGACUCUGCCGAAGACGACGAUGAUGACUUUUCACCUUACAGAAGAAAGCAACAUCAUCAUGAGGAAACAAAGGUUCUGCAGUCACAUAAUAACACCGUAAGUUGUAUAUGUUGCCGGCAACAGAGUGCAAAUUGCAUUAAAAUGCAGCGUACUUUGAUAAAAUUCCUAUUAAGUGCAUUUUCCUGUAAUCUCAGAUGUGAACCAGGUACCUAAAUGUUUGAGACGUCACGUCCGAGGUACCAAAAUGAAGGUUUUAAAAGUGUCACACAAAAUAGGAAUUGGAUCAAAGUAAGUUGUAUUUCCAUGCAAUUUGCCUGACCGAAUCUAUGUGUUAGGGGGCGGACUUAAGAAGACCGGGCACUAUCGUGCUGAUGAAGUGGAGAUCUUUUAGAGGUCUUAAAGAUGCACCCGCUUUAAAUUGAUGUGGGCUUGCUUAAGUUAACAAAUAGUGGCUACAAUCUACUAGUAGUGUCAUUGCAUAUGGCAUUAGAGGUUGCAAAGUUAAAACCCCUUUGCCUCUUUUUUCAAUUUUUUGGUUAACAACAAUAGAAAAGAAGGCACUUGUAUGUUACAAAAAAAAACCUUGUUCGUCAUUUUAAUGAAACCGUACUUUUUGAAUAUAAUUUUAUUUUAUUUUAUAUUAGGCUAAUUAUUUUGUGCCCCCACUUGGAUUUUUUUUG